CCGAUGAUUUGGAUCAUAGCCAGAGUACACACCGCCGCAGCACUGCAACGCAGUGCAUUCCCCAAUCUGGAUCUCGGCCUGUCCAUAUCUGCCCAGGCAUCUUUUUCCUUCUUAUACACUCCACCUCGUUCCUUUCCAUACACUAUCCGUCCACCCAUUCUUCUACCCUCCCCAUACCCCUCCGCGCUUGCCUCCACAUCUUUGUCACCUUUCGUCCUGCAGCAUCGUCAUACUGAAGUCCGAUAAACCUCCAUCGUUUCACCAUGUCCGACAAGGGCCAACAACCUACGCCGCCUUUCAAUUCUCCAUACCAGCAUGCUAUGAGGCCGACCUCAAUGCUACAACCGUCCGCAUAUCCCUCGCCUGCCCGCAGUGACUCAGAACCCUCUAAAUACACUGCUGAAGGCCUCGGACUCUACUCCUUGUCCCAUUCCUUUGCCACGUCGGGCCCUUCAACAAGCUCCGUGCUGUAUACACCUUCCUCUCAGUCCACUGAACAUUGGUCACGCUUUUCAUCUUCGGGAUCACCGCUCGUGGCCGAGACUCCGGCAGACCUUUGGGCACGCAACUACGACCACCGCUCGUCUCACUCUUCUCCCUCGUGGGCGGCACAGGAUACACCUCCUCGUUCGUCCAUUUCUUCGACAAAAGACAUGUCGACCUUCUCCCGCGAAGGGUCAGCAAUGAUAUACGCCCCGCACGUCAAACUCGAAGGCGGAUCGGAAUGGGCAAGCGAGGGUGAAUCAUCUCCACCGAAUGUCUCGCAUCAACUGCCUUUGACCGUUGCCCCCGAACGGCUGACGACGGGAAUCUUUCCCUACGAUCAGGCCUACGGUUCCCCGGCUGUCCCCAGAUACGAGCCUGCAAGCGGAUACUCUUAUAGACAUUACGAAGAUGCGGCCUUGAGCCACGAGGAACGGGCACCCAGCCCUCGUACAAGGGAAAGCGGCGGCAGAGCCACGGCACGUACCAGGGUGCGGAGAAACCCUACAACACCCGAGAACGCGAAUUACAGUUGUGCUACGUGCGGGAAGCUCUUCCAGAGGAGUUACAACCACAAGACGCACCUGGAGACGCACAAUCCUGCGAGGAAGAAGGAGCACUGCUGUCAGUACCGAGACUGUGACAAGCAGUUUGUCCGGAAGACGGAUCUCGACCGUCACGAGAAGAGUGUGCACCUCAAGCGAAAGGAUUUCCGGUGCCGCAAGUGCGAUGCACAAUUUGCUCGCAAGGACACUCUUCGAAGACACGAGGAAGACGGUUGCCCGAAACGAAACGAGCUCACGGAUCCUACCAACGUCCUCUCGCGCACGCGAGCAAUGCGAGCUAGCAGCGGCAUUGCGUAUUACCCUUCUCCUAGGGCGGACAUGUAUGACACGCGAUCUCCGCCACUGUUCCGCGACGGCAGCUUCCCCGGCACGCCGAGUGGCUACUAGACAAGGCUAGAGGGGUGGGAUUAACCUGCUUGUAGGCAUUGCUGGACGCAAGCGGUUUACGAGUGGCUCUAAUUAUUUCCUUUUUUUGUUGUUGCUUUUGGGAGAGCUGGCAAAGGGCCCAGCCCUCGACUGUACUCUGUAUGCUCUGUAUGCUCUGGCACGUUUGGCGUUGUAC